CGGGGCGGGACCGGGGGCGGCCCCGGGCAGGUUCCCCUGGAGCGGCGGCGGGAGCGGCGGAGCGGAGAUGCCGUACCUGCUCAUCAGCACCCAAAUCCGCCUGGAGGCUGGGCCCACCAUGGUGGGUGACGAGCACUCGGAUCCCCACCUGAUGAGCAUCCUGGGGGCCACAAAGAGGAGCACACUGGGCAACAACUUCUGUGAGUACUACGUGAAUGACGCUCCGCGCGUGGUGCUGGACAAGCUGGAGAGCCUCGGCUACCGCGUGGUCAGCAUGACCGGCGUGGGCCAGACCCUGGUCUGGUGCCUCCACAGGGAAUAGCCAGGGAGAACCGUGCCUUCCACCCGGACCACAUCCUGCUGGAGAUCAUCUUAAAGGACUGGCAGCAAACUUUCCCCCCCUAAUUCCUUCCUGUCCCAGACUCCAGGCGCUCAGGCAGGGGAGGAAGGGUGCAGAGGCAGAGCUGGACCCAGUGGAAUUUUGCCAUCCCUGUUCCGUUUCCCAAGAGCAGGGGGAGGAAGGUAUGCCCAGAAGCUGGCAGAGGGAACAGAUGGCUCCAGCUCUGCCUUCAGUGAGAUGGCAGUCUGGCAAAUUCCAGCUUUUUACAUUUUAAUCAUGUAUUCAGCAUGCCCUGGAGGAAGCUCAGUAACAGCCCUGUUUGCUUCCUCCUCGGGCUGCCCCAGAGAGUUCCAUGCCUUCUCCUGGGCCAGGGGGUUAGGGAGGGACAGCAAGCAUGGACACCAUCCCACCUCAUCCCUGAAAUCCAAGAGGGAACCACUAAACCUACUCCCAGGGCUCUGAGAAUCCCUCCCCUUGGCAGCAAGGCCCGCUUCCAUCUCAGCAGCACCACUGAAAUUCCAGAUUCCAGACUGCCAUCCAAACCUAACAUGGGAUUCCCAAAAUAACACAGAAAGUGUUGUUGUGUGACUAUUCCAGGUGCAGGCUCUAAUCCCAACACUGCUGGAAUGCUUGGAACUGUGAACAGAUCCUGCUAUGGGGGUAACACCAAUAAAACAUAAUAAAACAUUGCUCCAAAGAGA